CCUGUCAGCAGCCACUUUUCACAGCAGUUCAGCUCGGCACACAGAGCAGCAGGUGAUCCUUCAGGCUUUUAACCUGGACUGAGGGGUCUCAGACCCUCAAUUCAGUUACUGUACUGCCUGCACUUCUUACUGCUAGUCAGGAGCCAUGUCUGAUGAGAACGUGUUCGACUCGGGCAGCGGCCUCAACCUUCCAGCACUACCAACGAGCACGGGCAGAGACAUUAAGCUGUUUUCCUCUGGAGAGGAAGACAGCAGCCUUUACUUUACCUGCAGUGGAGGUUGCAAUGAACUGGAAGUCAGGAAUCUACACUAUGAGGUGGACACAGCAGCGCAGAUUCCCUGGUAUGAGAGACUAUCUGAGUUUAAAAUGCCGUGGGAGGUGCAGGGAAAUAAACAAACUGCCAUCAAGGACUUGAACCUGCGAGUGCACAGCGGGCAAAUGCUGGCAGUUAUCGGCAGCUCAGGCUGUGGAAAAACUUCUCUGUUGGACAUCAUCACAUGUCGAGAUGAAGGAGGCACCAAGAAAUCAGGGGAGAUACUGAUCAAUGGUAAACCCUCCACACCUUCACUAGUGAAGAAGUGUAUCGCUCAUGUCCGUCAGGAUGACCGCCUGUUACCCCACCUGACUGUGCGAGAGACUCUUGCUUUUGUGGCCAAGCUGCGCCUGCCAACACAUUUCUCACAGAAACAGAGAGAUCAAAGGGUGGAUGACGUCAUUGCUGAGCUUCGGCUGAGACAGUGUGCUAAUACACGGGUGGGCAAUGAAUACGUGCGGGGUGUCUCUGGAGGGGAAAGAAGGAGGGUCAGCAUCGCUGUUCAGCUUCUCUGGAACCCAGGAAUUCUUAUACUUGACGAGCCUACGUCAGGUCUAGACAGCUUCACUGCCCACAACCUCAUCAUCACCCUUUCUCGUCUGGCCCAAGGGAACCGUCUGAUCCUUCUCUCAGUCCACCAGCCCCGCUCAGACAUUUUCCAGCUCUUUGACCUGGUAGUGCUGCUCUCCUCCGGGUCUGCUGUGUACUGUGGCCCAGCCAAAGACAUGGUGCCCUACUUCACAUCUCUGGGGUAUCCAUGCCCCCGCUACUGCAAUCCCUCCGAUUACUACGUGGACUUGAUCAGCAUUGACCGUCGCAGCCCAGAGAAAGAGGCUGCAUGUUUGGAGCUGGCCAGAAUCCUGGCAGCACAGUUUCAAGAGAAGGUGAAGGACACUGAGGACUUCAUGUGGAAGUCUGAGGAGCACAACGUGCCCGAACUGGAGAAUCUCCAAAGCAAUAUCCCUUCAGUGCCAAAAAAGGAAAAUAGUAUUACAGUGUCCCAACAAAUGGACCACCUACCUGGAAGACUGCAUCAGUUUACGACCUUGAUAAGGCGGCAGGUGUUUAAUGACUACCGUGACCUGGUGACGGUGAUGGUGCACGGUCUGGAGGCCCUGCUGAUGUCUCUGCUCGUUGGCUUCCUUUACUUUGGGGCAGGUGAAGAGCGGUUGUCCAUGCAAGACACUGUGGCCCUGCUCUACAUGAUGGGAGCUCUGACGCCGUUUGCUGUGGUGCUGGAUGUCAUAGCCAAGUGUCACACAGAGAGAGCCAUGCUGUACCAUGAGCUGGAGGAUGGGAUGUACUCAGUGACCCCAUACUUCUUUGCCAAGGUCCUGGGAGAGUUACCAGAGCACUGUGUCUUCACGCUUGUGUAUGGGCUCCCCAUCUACUGGCUGGCUGGCCUGAACACUGCACCAGACCGCUUCCUGCUCAGCUUCAUGCUGGUGUGGCUUAUGGUGUACUGCAGUCGUUCCAUGGCUCUAUUCGUGGCAGCAGCGCUGCCCACACUGCAGACCUCGGCCUUCAUGGGAAACGCACUCUUCACUGUCUUCUACCUAACCGGGGGCUUCGUCAUGAGCCUGGACAACAUGUGGCAGGUGGCCACCUGGUUCUCCCACAUCUCCUUCAUGCGGUGGGGCUUUGAGGGCAUGCUGCAGGUCCAGUUCCGGGGCCUGACCUACUCAGUCAACCUGGGGAACUUCACCAUCAACAUAGACGGCAUUAAAGUGGUGGAAGCGAUGCACAUGAACCAGUUUCCUCUGUACUCGUGUUACCUGGUGCUGAACGCCGUGGUGCUGGUCUUCAUGCUGCUCUACUUCCUGUCCCUCAGGUUCAUCAAGCAGAAGUCCUCUCAGGACUGGUGAAGAAACGUGCAGACUGCACCUGCAGACUUUGUAUUAGUGCAGCACAGCCGACUGCCACUGGAUGGCAGCAAAGCACCACGAACACCUACCAACACCACCACCGCCCCUCUGCAGCAGCCCAGUUACAGCUCCUAAUCUUCUUUCCUUUUUUCUUUUUCUUUUUGGCAAACGAUUAGAGCAUUACUCUGACAGAUAUCCAUCUACAGCUUUUACUUGCAUUUUCUUUCUUUUUUUGUACUGACUAAUAUUUGUAUACUAAGAUUAUUAGGCUUAACAAUGUGUGCACCAGUAAAGGUACAUUAAAAAGCUUUUGAAAUGUUUAGCCCAGCACACUAGGAAAGCUUUUAUGUUUUUAAAAAAAGGGAUAGUGUAAGUUUUGCACUGGUGCAAAACCCUAAUAAAUGUACCAAUAUGUUUGAAGAAAAAAAAAAAAACUAAAGCAACCGAACGCAUCUCAGUCAUUCCAGCAUUUACCUCAAAAUACCUCUGACAAACUAAUGAUCUAAUGAUACACAAGAUUGAAUAGUAAAUAUCAGUUAUUACUGAAUAUGUAGAUAUGCUAGAAAUGCUGUGUAAGAAACAGAUGUACACUACCAGCCAAAAGCUCUUGGACACACCUUCUAAUUCAGUGCUUUUCUUCAUUUCUUUAUUUGAUUAUUUUCUACAAUGUAAAUUAAUAUUAAUGACAUCAAACCAAAUCAGGGACACAUGGAAUUAGGUAGUAAACAACAACAAAAACAGUGUUUGUCCUCCAUAAUGGCCUGAUCUAAACCCAACUGAGAUGGUGAUUUAAGGUGAUUUGAAAUGAGCUGGAGCUUCAAAGUGUGAAGGAAAAGCAGCAACUAUUGUUCAGCACCUCCAGGAACGCUUUCAAGAUGCUGAGAAAACUAUUCCAGGUGACUCUCCCUCAUGAAGACACUGAGAUUAAAAUACCAAGAGUGUGCAGAUAUGUCCUCAAAGCUAAAUGUUGUACAUAAAGUAUAUAAAGUAUAUAAAAAUAUUUUGGUUAACAUUUUGUGUUUAUGAAAUAAUUCCACGUGUUUCUGAAUAGAUUUAAUAUAGUCUUCAUUAUUAAAUUUAAAAUGUAAAAAAUGAAAGAGAAAGAAAAUACAUUAAAGAGGAUUGGAGUUCAAAGGUGUGUUCAAACUUUUGACUGGUACUGUAUGUAGUUUUUGCUGUGUCUUUGUGGGCAUGAGUAGGCUGCCCACUGGUUAAGCUUUAGUGUCUUUUAAGGGUGAUUUUUGUGGCAUUAUUUACCAGUACUGUUCAUUAUUUUGUAUUCAUUUGUAUAUUAAAAAAAUAUUCCAUAGAAUUAAA